GACCCGGAGGCGCGGAGGCGUCGUGACCUCACGGAAGCGGGAGAGCUGGGAGCACUCGCGAGACCUGACGGCCCGACCCAAAACGCUCUCAGGAGGUCCCGGGGCCGAUGGCCGGAGCUGGGCCCACCAUGCUGCUACGAGAGGAGAAUGGCUGUUGCAGUCGGCGUCAGAGCAGCUCCAGUGCCGGGGACUCUGACGCGGAACCGGAGGACUCUCCGGCUGCGCGCGCCCGGCAGCAACUAGAGGCGUUGCUCAACAAGACCAUGCGUAUCCGUAUGACAGAUGGAAGGACACUAGUCGGCUGCUUCCUGUGCACCGAUCGCGACUGUAAUGUCAUCCUGGGCUCUGCGCAAGAGUUCCUCAAGCCGUCUGAUUCAUUUUCUGCGGGGGAACCCCGUGUGCUGGGUCUGGCCAUGGUACCAGGACACCACAUCGUCUCUAUUGAAGUCCAAAGAGAGAGCCUGGCUGGGCCCCCAUAUCUCUGAGCACGCUCCCACUUCUCUUUGAGACCAUUAAAAACCCUAUGACCA